AUGUGUUCAGAUGGUGCUGGCUUUACGAAGGACUUUCCUGGUCUGACAAGGCAUUUGACCACCCUUGACAUUCAAUUUAAAAUUCCAUUUCGACGUACCAUUUUGAGUGCAUUUGGGGUCAUACCUGCUUCGUCAAGGUUCAUUACCAAGUUGUUAUCUAAUAAGACCAGAAAUGGUACUAGUUUAGCUAAUGGUACUAGUGGUGCCAAAACUUUGGCUUCUGGUACUAAUGGUACUCAUAUGCCAUCUUCUGGUGUUUAUGGUAUUACAAAUCGGGCUGUUAGUGCCAAUAGUACGAUAAAUUUGACUUCUGGUACUAAUGGUACUAUAAACUUGGUUUCUGGUACCAAUGGUAUCACUAAUUUGGCUUCUAAUGCAAAUGGUACUCCGAAUUUUAUUUCUGGUGCUAAUGCUCCUAAAAUACCUAAACAAACCCAAAAUCCCCAACCGACCGGUAAAGCAAUCUGCCUUGUAGUCGGUGGAGCUGAAGAAGCCCUAGAAUCCCAUGGCAACGUCUACAAGCUACGUUUAAACGACAGAAAAGGAUUCUGUCGUAUAGCUCUCAAAACAGGGUCCUAUCUUGUACCAGUUUACGCUUUCGGAGAAACUAGUGGUUAUCGACAAGUUAGGAAUCCAAUCGGGUCAAAAUUGAGGGAUUGGCAAACGAAGAUUAAAAAAGUUUGGGGAUUCAGUCCGGUCUUGGCUUAUGGCAAAGAUUUGAUACCUGGACUGCCUAGUGUAACACCUUUUGAAGGGGAAAUUGUUGUGGUUUGUAAGUUCUUCAUCAUUUUUUUACUUUUCUCUACCUUACCCUAUUUUACCUUAUCCUACCCUAUUUUACCAUACCCUACUUUACCUUAUCCUACCCUGCCCUAGUCUGCGUUAUAUUAUAUUUCAUAAUUUUAGUUGGCAGUCCAAUCCCAGUGACUCAACUAGAUGAUCCCACUGAUGAACAAGUUGAUCAGCUUCAUUCGUUGUACAAAACCAAAUUGGUAGCUCUAUUUGAAGAACAUAAGGGAAAUUAUGGUAUACCAAAGAAUGUUCAAUUGAGUUUUUACUAA